GUUUCUGGGUAACCUCGUGUUACAUCUUUGGGACUGUGGUGGCCAGGAAGCAUUCAUGGAGAACUACCUCGUCUCGCAGAAAGAUCAGAUUUUUAAAAAUGUUCAAGUACUUAUUUAUGUCUUCGAUGUGGAGAGUCGUGAACUCGAUAAAGACUAUCGUUAUUAUCAAUCAUGUUUGGAGGCACUGAUGCAAAAUUCACCAAAUGCGAAAGUUUUUUGUUUGAUACAUAAAAUGGAUCUUGUUUCCGAGGAACACAGAGACAAAGUGUUUGCGGAGAAGGAACGCGAUAUAAUGCUUCGCUCAGAGGCUGCUGCUGUCAAGCUGAAACGUGAAAAUGCCGUCAAGAAAUGUUACAGGUCAUCAAUUUGGGAUGAAACGCUUUAUAAGGCGUGGUCAGCGAUUGUAUGUCAAUUGGUGCCUAACGUUGCGUCGAUGGAAGCCAAACUUCAGCAGUUCGCUGUGAUUUUGGACGCUGAUGAGGUGAUGUUGUUCGAGAAGGCAACUUUUCUUGUGAUAGCACAGGCACAGACUGUUGAACACAAAGAUAUUCAUCGUUUUGAAAAAGUAUCAAAUAUCAUCAAGCAGUUCAAGCUCUCCUGCAGCAAAUUGGGUUCACAGUUCGAUUGCAUGUGUGUGAGGAAUAGCAAAUUUGCAGCAUUUAUUGACAGUUUCACUUGUAAUACAUUCAUUAUGGUGGUACUUUCCGAUGCCAGUGUUUGUAAGUUUCAUUGUUUUAGUUUAGUUUUUUGAGA